AUGUCGCCUCACUGCUGCAACAUCAUGGAUGACUCCUCCUCCGUCUCGUCCAGCACCUACACCUCGGAGCCCGUGGUCAAUGGCGUGAGCAACGGCUCUGCUGCCGCCGCCAGCCAAUACAAGAACUUCUCCAAGAGCCGUCACUUGAGGCCCACCCCUUCGGAUGAGAUCCACGACCUCGUCUGCGUUGGCUUCGGCCCCGCCAGCAUUUCUGUCGCCAUUGCUACGCACGACGCCAUCGAGGCCGGCAAGCUUGCCGAGUCGCCCAAGGUCCUCUUUCUCGAGAAGCAGGCUGACUUUGCCUGGCACGCCGGCAUGCUCCUUCCCGGAGCCAAGAUGCAGAUCUCCUUCAUCAAGGACCUUGCCUCUCUGCGCGAUCCCCGCUCCCACUUCACCUUCCUCAACUACCUUCACCAAAAUGAGCGCCUGGUUGAUUUCAUCAACCUCAGCACCUUCACCCCUGCGAGAAUCGAGUUCGAGGACUACCUCCGCUGGUGCGCGCGUCAUUUCGAUGAUGUGGUAAAAUAUCAGACGGAGGUCGUUGCUGUUGAGCCCGUUCAGACCUCGGGACCUAACAAGCUCUUCACUGUUACUUCGCGCAACAUUGUUACUGGCGACAUCACCACCUACCAGGCUCGCAACGUCUUGCUUGCUCUCGGCGGCCAGGCUUCCAUCCCCAAGCCUCUUCCCCAGAACCACCCCCGUGUUAUCCACUCGAGCCAGUACGCCAGCGUGGUUCCCAAGCUCCUCAGCGACCAGUCCGCUCCUGUUCGCGUGGCUGUUCUCGGCGCUGGCCAGUCGGCGGCGGAGAUCUUCAGCAACGUUCAGAACCUUUACCCCAACUCCAAGACUUAUAUGAUUAUGCGCUCCGAGUUUAUGAAGCCUUCUGAUGAUUCGCCCUUUGUCAACUCCAUCUUCAACCCCGAAUUCAUUGACACCAUCCACUCCCGCCCCUCGGCCUACCGCUCGCACUUCCUCGCCGACGCCAAGGCCACCAACUACGGUGUCGUCCGCCUCGAGCUCAUUGAGCAUCUUUAUGAGGUCAUGUACCACCAGCGCCGCGUGCUCGGCACCGACGAGACGCAAUGGCCUCACCGCAUCAUGGCUGCGCGCAAGGUCGUCUCGGUUUCCGAGAAGGGCGAUAAGCUCAAGAUCAAGGUCGGCCGCUACUUCUACGGCGAGGAUGAGACCGCCACCGAUGGACCCAUUGUGGAUGAGGAGACCCUUGAUGUCGACGUGAUCAUCUGCGCUACCGGCUACAAGCGCAUGGCGCACGUGGAUAUGCUCAAGCCCACGUGGCCGCUGUUGCCUGAGGCUGAUGCGGCGCUGGUCGCUGAGACUGUCAAGGGAUCCAAGGACAGGUGGUUCGUUGAGGGUGAGGAGAAGAGCUUGAGGGUGAUCGAGGCGAACCGGAAUUAUUCGGUCAAGUUUGGUGAGGACAAGGUUGCACAGGGCAGUGGCAUUUGGCUGCAGGGGUGCUGUGAGGGAACUCAUGGUCUGUCUGAUACCCUUCUUUCGGUCCUGUCUACACGGUCUGGCGAGAUCGUCAAGUCGAUUUUUGGUGCUUAA